CCAAAAUCCGGCCUGGCAUCAUGGCGUGUAUAUCGGCUUGAUAAUCAAAGCAUGAAAAAUCCGGCAUCCGGCUCAAUUCACGAACUUCAUGAAAUGCACAUGAGUUUCCACAUUGGCCUUGUUAUUUUAGGUUGUUGGGUGUUGACGUGA